UCGUAUAAUCAUAUUUUUUGGGAAAUCAGCAUAUAGUAGUGUGUGGAUCGAAACACAUGAAAGAAAGAAAAGCAGAGAUGAAUGAAAACAACAUUCAAGUGGCCGACGAGAGGGCUUUCCAGUGGCAGGCAGCAGUGGGUUUCCUUUUCGCACUGACUGGUUGCUCGACCAGCUUCAACCAGCCGAACUGCUGAAAUAUCGCUGCAUGCUUCAUGGCCGUCACUAGCGCGGAGCCACUCACGAAUCACGGCGACGGCCAGCGUGGAAGAUUACGUGCGGAGUAAGACGAAACUUUCAACUUUAGUCUGUUACGGACGUUUCGUGAGUACUGUUGUGGUUCAGCUGAGCGGUCCAGGAUCAGCUUACAGAGCCUUUUGCAGUGUGUGGAGCAAGUGUAUGGUGUUGACUGGAGGAAGAUUUCUCCCGAUACUGUUUCCCAAUCAUCCACGCCUGAACGAAGGCUUUAGAAUCUGGACAACAAGAUUCUGGGAUACCAGUUCCUGACUAUAGAAGUGGAUUGUGAUUUUUUUGGUGUAUAAAAAUCGACAAAUCCGCUGUCGAACGUGGACAAGUGAACGAAGAGAUUUUCAUUUUACAUAAUAGCUUACUCAAUUCAUUAUAGGUAUAGCCAUAGUCAUAUGAUUGUCUUGUUUUACGAACGAAAAGCUUUAUAAAUAACAUUUGUGAAUAUACCGAAUUAAGGAUUCGAUUAUUUCAUUUGAUAUGAACCAGUUGGAAUAGUCAUUCCUUCAGGAAGAAAGGAUCAAAACAAAAAUAUUCCUUUACGACAAAUGAAAGUAAAAGUGGAUGCAGAUUAGUCUUGUGUCAAAAGUGCAGUACUAGAACGACAUCAGUGUCCGUGGUCUCACAUGUCUGUAGUACUAGUUUGUUAUUGUGGAGCGGAGUUUUGCUGAACCGUCUGUGUGGGGAGAAGACGUCAAAUAGAAAAGAGCAGUGGGAUAGACAGCUGUUCUGGUGAGAAUUUUCGUAAUCAUUGCUAGGAACUAGGAAGUUUUACGGAAUUUAUCAAGAACAUUAAAGUGAAAGUUGAGCUCUGGUGAAUAAGAUACUCUGCCCUGUACAGACGACUGUGCACAAACGAGGCAGCCUCAUAGCGGCAGUUUCUCCUGCCUCUGAGUGGAUGCGGCCCGGAGCAGCGGUGGCGGCACCAUAUACCAUCCAUACCAAUUCGCGAACCCGCCUGCACGCGUUCGGCGGCAUCUUCUUCUUCAGUAUCACCUGAGCAGUGCUGCAGUGAAGAAGUGCUACUCGGUGUUGCUUGGAGCGCGUGUGUGAACGAGUGAGUUGUGUGUCGCCUAAGUGCAGUGUCCACCAAUCCCACUCCUAAAGCUCGAUCAGUCCGGUCCAGUGUAUGCUCAAAUAUUUGAAUUGAAACCAAGUGCGUUCCGAAUUGUCCCCGUUGACUUGCUCGAAGAAAAUUCUACGCGGAAAAGUGCUUCGGGUCCGGAAGAAACAUGAAGGUCGGUCGGUUAUUUCGGGCGCACGGUGAAUUUUGUGCAUCGCACCCAUGGGAAGUGAUAGUGGCCUUGGUGACUUUAACGGCGUGCAUUAUAACAUUCGAUAAAGGAAGUGCGGAUCCGUUCCAGCAAAGUUCCCGCUCCGGCUCCGUAAGACCCUGCCCCAGCUGGCGAUUCAGUUCGGUCAGCCCGGAUGAGGCGUUCCGGUGCGAAGAGGUCGAACAGAAUGGAAUCGACGUGAUACUGAUGACCAUCGUGCGUUGUUCGGCUAUUCUCUACUGUUACUACCAUUUCUGCAACCUCCAGAAACUCGGUUCCAAGUAUAUUUUGGGUAUUGCCGGUCUUUUCACGGUGUUCUCCAGCUUCAUCUUCACGUCCACUGUGAUCAACUUCCUCGGCAGCGAAGUCUCCGAUCUCAAAGAUGCGCUAUUCUUCUUCCUGCUGCUCAUCGACCUCUCCAAGGCUGCCAUUCUUGCCCAGCUGGCUCUGUGCGGGUCCAGCCAAUCGGAGGUAACCAUGAACAUUGCCCGUGGUAUGGAGAUCUUGGGCCCAGCUAUCUCACUGGACACCCUCGUUGAAACCCUCGUCAUUGGAGUUGGAACUCUGUCCGGUGUACAACGGCUGGAGCUGCUCAGUGGAUUUGCUGUCCUAUCGGCAAUCGUAAACUAUAUUGUCUUCAUGACGUUCUACCCGGCGUGCCUAUCGCUGAUUUUGGACCUCUCGAGAAACGCCGGUAAUCUGAUCCAAAAGAACAAAAAAGAAAAUCUACUGGUCCGGGUGCUGACCGAAGAGGACCAGAAACCCAACCCGGUGGUGCAACGUGUGAAACUGAUCAUGUCCAGUGGGCUGAUGAUUGUGCACGUGCUCAGCCGACUUGCAAUCUCGGAGAAAGACUCCGACUCCGCCGAACAUAUCAUUUCGUCACACUCGCACGAACAUUUGGCCGCCAUGAACAAAACCGAACCGAACGAGAUCUCCGAGUUUAUUAUGAGGUGGCUCUCGAUCAGCACCGAGCAGAUCGUGACGUACAUCCUGAUCAUCGCCUUAGGCGUGAAGUUCGUAUUCUUCGACCGUCACAAUCUGUCGGAUCAGAUUCUGCUAUCGGUAGCGAAUGAAGCGGCGGCGGCCGCUGCUGCCGCAGCACAAAAACAAAAGCAGCUGGCGAUGAAUGCCGCCACCGAUAGGCAAGAGCCGGUGGCGACUUUCACCCUGGCCGAAGCUGUCCCAGUCGAGGAAAAGGCCACCCAAAGCGAGCUUUGUUUGCUCCCAGGCAGAAAUCUACGGGCCAAAAGCAUGGGUGCUGAUGAUGAGCUGAAUUUCGAGGACCUGGAGGAUGAGCUUGUGGAACGUGAACCCCGAUCGUUGGAUUUGUGCCUGAAGAUCUUGAACGAAACCGACGAUGGGGCGGCUGGUUUGACUGAUGAGGAAAUCAAGAUGAUCGUCCGAGCUGGCAACGGAUACUGCCCACUGUAUAAGAUUGAAAGCAUAAUUGGAGACGCUGAGCGUGGUGUCAAAAUUCGACGGGAUCUUAUUCAAAAGGAAGCUAAUUUGCCAGUCAACGCCUUCAAGCAUCUAUCCUACAAGAAUUUCGAUUACUCCAAAGUGAUGAAUGUCUGUUGUGAAAACGUACUAGGCUAUGUACAAAUUCCUAUUGGCUAUGCCGGUCCGUUGAUUCUGGACGGUGUGCGGUACUACGUGCCUAUGGCGACUACAGAAGGUGCACUUGUUGCUAGUACGAACCGAGGCUGCAAGGCCAUUUCCACCCGAGGCGUUACAAGUUUCGUAGAAGAUAUUGGUAUGACGCGAGCACCUUGCAUCAAAUUCCCGAAUGUACUGCGUGCGGCUCAAGCAAAGCGGUGGAUGGAAACGCCCGAGAAUUUUGCGGUCAUUAAAAAGGCAUUUGACUCGACUAGCAGAUUUGCUCGCCUGCAGGAGCUCCACAUUGCCAUGGACGGUCCAAUUCUUUAUGCUCGAUUCCGUGCACUGACUGGUGAUGCGAUGGGAAUGAACAUGGUUUCUAAGGGUUCAGAAAUGGCUCUCCGUGAAGUGCAUCGAAGUUUCCCAGAGAUGCAAAUUAUUUCUCUUAGUGGAAACUUCUGCUCGGACAAGAAACCCGCUGCAAUAAACUGGAUCAAGGGACGUGGAAAACGUGUCAUUUGCGAAGCCAUCAUUCCUGCGGAUAAACUGCGAACGAUAUUGAAGACCAAUGCUCGCACACUGGUGCAGUGUAAUAAACUGAAAAAUAUGACAGGAUCAGCUGUCGCCGGAAGCAUAGGAGGAAACAAUGCGCAUGCAGCGAAUAUGGUCACAGCUAUUUACAUCGCCACCGGUCAAGACCCAGCACAAAACGUCACCAGUAGCAACUGUUCAACCAACAUGGAACCGCACGGCGACACUGGAGAAGAUUUGUACAUGACCUGCACGAUGCCAUCGCUUGAAGUGGGAACCGUCGGUGGGGGUACCGGUUUGCCAGGGCAGGGCGCUUGUCUCGAUAUGCUCGGAGUGCGGGGCGCUCACCCGACGCACCCAGCCGAAAAUUCGAAACAAUUGGCCCGCCUCAUCUGUGCCACCGUUAUGGCCGGUGAACUUAGUCUUAUGGCCGCCCUGGUCAACAGUGAUCUAGUCAAAAGCCACAUGCGACAUAACAGAUCAUCGGUAGCCGUAAACCCUGGAUUUCCAGCAACCGCUCAACAGCAGUCUGCUCCCAGUUUGCUCACGCCCAGCAGCAGUAGCGGAAUCAGCAGUAUAAGCACAACACUGUCGCCCAACCAAUAACGUUUACUACUCAUAGGAACUACCUCAAGGAUGCGCGAAUGGAGUGGAUUAGACAAGAACGUUUAGUCAAGCGAUCAAACAAGAUAAGGUAGAUUGUAACAGGUAUUUGCUAAUUAAUCGAGGGCAGCCUCUCGACGCCACAGCGUUGGUCUUUUAACCUAAAACAAGAUCGAAGGAUCUGUUUUUAUAAGGAUUUGUGCUACAUUUCUCAGAAUGUCGGUUACAAUAUCGACAUUCGGAGUAAUGUAGAAUGAUCAUUUGGCGCAGCAUACUGCGUAGCGUCGUAGACCUUUUUAAAUCGGAAAUUAAAUUAUUAAUUAUAGAAAUAAUUUUGAAAGGACGCGUGAAAAUAAAUACAAUGGCCAAUUUUCCAUCUCCAACUCCAACUCUAGAUCCAAGUGCAAGCAUGUGUACAUAUGAUAACUUAAUGAUGAAUGUUUUUAACCCUAACCGUAAAAGCACUCGAACUACAUUUCCAAUCGAAUAGACCGAUCGUUCUUGUACAUAAUGUAGGCUUUAUAUAAGAACUCAUACAAUAUUUAUACAUCUAUCGAUGCUUCAACAGCAGUUUCCAACGGUGGAGAAAACAAUUUGCAGCAACAUAAAGGUAAUGAAGAUUUGAAUCAAUUUAGUGCGAGUUGCAGACAUAAUAAAUGCAACGCACGUUCUUUCGAUACAUGCUAAACAAACCUACAUAAAAGCUGGACUUGCGUGAGAGGCAGAGAACUAAAUAUCGACUCUUUGAAAAAGAUCAUUUGUUAGGGAUUUUCAAUACUAAAUGAGACUAUUGUUACGGAUAAAUUACUAUUUAUAACUACUAAACGAAGUGAAUAUUUUGGUGCUAAUUGCAAGAUAUUGAAAUAAAAAUGAGAAAAUCCUUGCAAA